AUGGCAAACGACACUGUCUUGAAAUCGCAAGGCAGGGUCACGGGGAGGACGCACCACCAGAAGCCAGCAGAUAGCGGCACCGCUGUGCUUGAGCCUGAUUCGGGCCCCAAGUCGCCUUCGCCUCCGGGGGGUCCCAAGCCUGAUUCGCCUCCGCCGGGUCCCAAGUCGCCUCCUCCCAAGUCGCCUCCUCCCAAGUCGCCUCCUUCCAAGUCGCCUCCCCCCAAGUCGCCUCCUCCCAAGUCGCCUCCUCCCAAGUCGCCUCCCCCCAAGUCGCCUCCUCCCAAGUCGCCUCCUCCCAAGUCGCCUCCUCCCAAGUCGCCCCCUCCCAAGUCGCCUCCUCCCAAGUCGCCUCCCCCCAAGUCGCCCCCUCCCGAGUCGCCUCCUCCCGAGUCGCCUCCCCCCAAGUCGCCUCCCCCCAAGUCGCCCCCUCCCGAGUCGCCCCCUCCCAAGUCGCCUUCGCCGAGCCCCAAGUCUCCUCCGCUUCCGGGAGUGGUGGGGUCGCUGGCCGCUCUGUUCCUGGUGCUGCUGAUCGUUGUGAUUCUGAAGUGGCGCCAGCUGCGGACGAAGCGGAAAGUGGUCCCUACAGGGAAGGGGAGGCCCACGGGAAAGGGCGCAGCGGGCGCGGCAGGGGGAGGGGGAGAUGCAGCUGCUCCGAAGGGAGGUGAAGGGGACGCGGGGGACGGGGACGACGUGCGGAUCCGCUGGGUCCCCGCGCUGGGAUUCGCGUUCACGGAUCGUACUAUAACGCGUAUACCCUCUGGGAGGGAGGUUGCCGAGUUCACUCCGUCUGGCCGUAUGGUGUUCUCAGAGGGAAAUGAAUCCGAGGGCGAUGAGGAAAAGGGUGAUCCCAAGGUCACCCAUGGAGGAGGGCUGGCGAAGACGGUUACCGGCGGAGCAUAG